GACCGAGACAGUGCAGAGGUUCAUUUGGGAUCAUUGCAUUAGCAAAGCUCAAGAAAUCAACCAUUUUCAUGUACCAUAUCUGAAGAAUUUUAUGAAAAAACUGAUAUCUGAAGUUGAAUCAAGUCAAGUUGAAGUGUUAGAUGAGUUCUAUGAAUUGUAUGCUCAUUACAUGGUUUCAUGGAAGGAUGAGAAUCUGGGCAAAGAAAGUGCAACAAUCUCCAAAUUUGUUUCUUUUCUUUUUCCACAUGGUUCUUCGAGUUGCCAAAAGUUAAGGAAAUUUGUGGUGCCACUACAAUGCUCUCUCAAUAUGCUUGCAGGUGAUACAGGGUGUUCAAUUUGGCCUUCGAGUCUAUACCUUUCGGAAUUGAUACUCUCGUUUCCAGACAUUUUCUCAACAAGAAAAUGCUUUGAGGUUGGUUCGGGUGUGGGUUUGGUUGGAAUCUGCCUUGCUCGCGUCAAAACGUCAUCGGUAGUGUUGAGUGAUGGUGACCCGUCAACAUUAGCAAAUAUGAAGGUUAAUUUAGGGUUGAAUGGGUUGUGCUGCCUCAGCUCUGCAACUGCUACACCAGAAAGAACUAAAGAGGAUCUUCAAACUGUGGAAUGCAUGCAUCUGCCAUGGGAAUCAGCAUCUGAAAGUGAACUCGAAGCUUUUGCACCAGAUAUUGUGUUAGGUGCAGAUGUAAUAUACGAUCCAGUUUGUCUCCCGCACCUUGUUCGUGUCCUUUCCAUUCUUCUGCGCCCAAAGCAAACUCAUAGUUCCACACACUCUUUUCCGGGGAGUGAACAUGUCGAAGAUGCAAAUCACACAAACGAUGUAGACAAUGGAAGCCAUGGAUACAAAGCUCGUGUAAGCGAAUGCCCGGUGGCAUAUAUUGCUUCCNAAAAGGCAAAUAACGGGAUUUCUUGA